GUAUGAGCCUAGAAACAUUUCAAGUGUUCAUUCCGCUUCUAACGUUCAUUGUGCACAUUCGAUUUUUGUAACAUUUGUUGUUUUUGUAUGAGUGAACUCUUGCGGAGUAUGUUUUUAUAUUAGUUUUUGUGCGGAUAAACUCACUGGAUUACUGUGACUCUGGGUUAUCGUUCAUAUAAGGAAGGUAUCAAAAUCCAAAAGAAAUCGCACCGUAUUUGGAGAAAUGAACAACACUUAACCACAAACUAACAGCCCAUCCUCCAACUUAGAUAGGAGUGAAUCACAUAUAAUUCAAACUUUGUUAAAACCAUUGGUUAGUCAGUAAACAAUCAGUCAAUAUUCGAAUCUUAUUUCACGGAAAAUUAUUCAGUUAUAUAGUGACAAGUGAACCAUUAAUCAAUUAAUAUAAUUCAAACUUUGGUAAAAUCAUCGGUGAGUUAGUAAACAAUGAGUCAAUAUUCAAAUUUCAUCUCACAGAGAAUUGUUUAGUUAGUGACAAGUGAACGUUAAUUAAUUAAUAUAAUAUUCAAACUUUAUUAAAAUCAUCGGUUAGUCAGAAAACAAUGAGUCAAUCUUCUAAUCUCAUCUCACAGAGAAUUGUUUAGUUAGUGACAAGUGAACCUCAAUUAAUUGAUUCAAUUCAAACUUGGUUAAAAGCAUCGAUUAGUCAGUAAACGAUGAGUCGAUAUUCGAAGCAUUCCACUUUUUUGUGAGACUCACCGUUUCUAUUUCUCUCAGUGAGACAACUCCACGUUAUCUCUCUUCAUGCGAAAUUCUACAAUUUAUUGAAAGUCGCAUCAAUUGUUCUGAAUUCUGAUUGCUUCUACGUGCUUUCCAUAGGAGAAAGAGAGAGAAGAGAGUGUGUGAGAGCGAAGAACCUGAAGUGCUCAACUCACACUCGCUCACACUCUCAAAUUUUUCAGAUUAGAUAAACAAGGCAGGGAAAAUUGUUCAGUUAGUGACUACAAGUGAACCAUUAUUUGUUUGCACAUCGCAGUGUUCGUACAGUGUGUUAGCCUGAGUUAUGACAUACUAGACAUACUUAUGUUUUAUGUAAUUGUUGAGUUGAUUUUGGAUAUUAUUGAUUUCUGUGAGUCUUUAGUGUUCAGAAACAUAUUUUGAGUAAAACAAGAUGAAACAUGGUUAAUGAUUUGGAUCAUCAAAUUCUGUGACUUUCCGUGUUUGAGUUCACCAUAUUUUUCUAAAUUCUGUGAGUUAAAUUUGAUUGAACAUGGCUAAUGAUUUGAAUCAUCGAAUUCUGUGACUUUCCCUGUUUGAGAUUACCAUUUUUUUCAAAUUCUGUAAGUUAAAUCUGAUGGAACAUGGUUAAUGAUUUGAAUAAUUGAGCUCUGUGACUUUCCGUGUUCGAAGUCACCAUAUUUUUGUAAAUUCUGAGUAAAACUUGAUGGGACAUGGUUAAUGAUUCAGGGUAUCAUCGAAUUCUGUGAGUCUUCCCUGUUUGAGAUUACCAUAUUUUUUCAAAUUCUGUGAGUUAAAUUUGAUGAAACAUGAUCAAUGAUUUGAAUCAUUGAAGUCUGUGAGCCUACGUGUUUGGAAUCAUCAUAUUUUUCCAACUUCUGUGAGUUAAAUUUGAUUGAACAUGGUUUAUGAUUUGAAUCAUUGAGCUCUGUGAGUCCUCGUGUUUGAAGUCACCAUAUUUUCUCAACUUCUGUGAGUUAAAUUUGAUGAAACAUGGUAGAUGAUUCACUGAGAGUGUGUAGCUAAGGGUUUUGAAGUGAUGCACUCAGGUGUUCAAGUGUAAUGUACCCGGAUGCUAGUAUCCCACAACCUUGACAGUUUCAAACCAACCAUGGUUAAGCAACGAUCCUGUAUCCUGCAAUUUGUGAUCGCAUUGACGACAUGCAUUUGCAUGGUAAUGUCCAGCUCAGCCCAUCCGUCCAGGGUUCAUGCUGACUCCCCGACCUUCGAAGGGAAUCCUCUACUGGAAGGAGUCAUCAUCCCUCCCGCCAUUGAGUUCUGGGGUAACAGCACAAGGACUUUCAUUCACACCAGUACCGGGUUUCCUGACAUCCCCCUGUCGACCACCUAUCAGCAGUGCUUCAGUGACAUUGAUUUUGCCAUUCAGAGCUUCUUUGAUGGAGCGCUGUGGGCUCUGCAAAUGGAAGAUGCGAGUUCCAAAGUGCAAUCUGGUAUUUUGGAGGGCAACAUAGUUGACCUUGGUCAAUAUGACGAAUGCCUGAAAAUCAAAACAGACCGCUUCAAAGGGCAACACUGUCUUGUACCAAUUGUGGCCAAAAUUAACGAAUCCACACCAUUUCAUUUGCCCCAAGAUCUGCUGAACGGCGAAUUCAUCCUGACUUCUUCACUGUGCGUGCCGUCCACGUGUUCAGCUGAAGCCGUUGAGCAAGUCCUCAAUUUCAUGCUGAUUGAUUUCAACAAGAAUAGCAUAGUUGAAAACAGUGGCUUUGGAUUCUCAGUCAGGAUGAAGGAUGAGGAUUGUCAUCAGAAGCAGAAUCAUCCUUUCAGCCUCAGUGUUAUCAUUGUAAUAAUACUCUGCGCAUCCCUCUUUUCAUUAACGAUUGUAUGUGGUGUCAUAGACUGGUAUUUGACAAGAACUUAUGAUCGAGUCCCGGAUUCAGCGCUGGUUUCAUUCGUUCACAUUUUUUCGGCGUGGAGGAAUUGCAAGAGACUGAUGCAUGUGGAGUCAGGUGGGGAUUCAUUGAACUGUAUCAAUGGAGCCCGCUUCCUGAGUAUCGGAUGGGUGGCCCUUGGGCAUCGCUAUAAGUACACUGCUCAACUGCCGCUGGUCAAUCUACUCAUUCUGCCUAAAGUAGUGAAGACUUACACGGCCAUGAUCAUGUUGAAUGCCACUUUGUCAGUGGAUGUUUUCUUCUUGAUCGGGGGUCUGCUGAAUGCCUACGUCUACAUGAAACUUCCUGCAAGAUCUCAUAAUCUCAAAAUGACCAUUGUCGGCUACAUACAUAGAUAUUUGCGGUUGACGCCAGCUUACGCCUUGAUGAUAGCUGUGACUGCUACUUGGCUCUACCAUUUGGGCGACGGCCCACUUUGGGAUCGUCUAGUGGGUUCGGCCCAGAAGGACUGCCAAGAAGAAUGGUUGCCUGGCAUAUUGUAUAUCAACAACUACUACCAUUCAAAUAACUAUUGCAUGAUGCAAUCCUGGUACCUGGCAGCAGACAUGCAAAUGUUUUUUCUCUCUCCAAUCCUUCUCUAUCCUCUGUGGAAGUGGCCGAAAGUUGGCUUCUCCAUAGGAGGAUUCCUUAUCGCAUUAUCGGUGGCGAUGCCCUUCUAUGUGGCUUUCUCCGAGAGUAUCAAAGCACCAAUUCCUGUCUCGAGAAAUGAACGAAAGGUGGAAAGAGAGAUGGAAACUCUGUACCUUCCUACUCACACUAAAACAGUGUCCUAUGUCAUUGGAAUACUUCUCGGCUACUUUAUCUCACUCAUAAAAACUAAUCAAAUCGAAUGGAGAUUGAAAAGGUCACACCUAGUGAUCGGAUGGACGAUAUCUAUAUUGUUUGCGAUUGGAUCUAUGUUCGGUGGUCAUCCUCUCUUCCAAAUCGACCAUGAGUAUAACAGAUGGGAGUCCUCACUGUACAUUGGUUUCUAUAGGCUUUUCUGGGGCCUGGCUAUGAGUUGGAUUCUACUCAUUUGCGUUACUGGAUAUGGAGGGUUUAUUGCUGACUUCUUGAACUGUAAACUCUUUGUAGUUCUUGGAAGACUUACUUAUGGAAUAUACUUGACGCACAAUGCUGUUAUAAUCUACAAGAUGGGAAGGAUGAGACAACCUGUAUUCUUCGAUAUUUACGAUCAAUAUCAGCAAUACUUUGGCGAAUUCCUCAUCAGCAUGGUAUGUGGGUUCAUACUUACUUUAAUGGUCGAGUCACCUGCACAAAUUCUUGAGAAGAAAAUUAUAAGGAAGCCGUCUGGACAAAGUUCAUCCGAUGACAAAUUCCAUAGAACUAGGAGUGGAAAAUCUGCAGCCACAUUGGAGUCGGCAAUUCCAAUUCCUCGACCUCGGGUGGACAGUAGAUCUGGAAAAUUCAGAAUAUGAAAUAUGAAUGAAAAUGAACAACAAUAAGCAUUACUAACUUCCAUGGAGUUAUUCUUAUGUAUUCGGUAUUGACAUCGAACUGAUAUCACGUGAUAAUACGUGAUUGAUAGUGUUCUAUCAAUGAAAUCAGUGUUAUUACAUUUAUGAGCUUCAAACAAUGAUGAUUAUUGAUGAUGAGCAUCAAUGAAAUCAGUGUGAUUAUAUUUUAUAUAAACAUUGAUGAGCUGCAAGUGAAUAUAUAGAGAAUAUUGUCUAUAGACAAGUCACUACUUGGUAAUUUUUCGAACUUGAAUCUUGAAUUGACUACCCUUUAAGAAAUAUUGAAGUGUAAGUGAGAGUAACAAUGAAACUAUAUUAAGAGGAUUUAUUUAUGUUGUGAUUUGACGGAGCCGAUCAAGUGUAUUAGUUAAUAACAUUUUUCCAGAACAUUCUUGUUCACAUGUAUUACUAAAUGUGAUUUUUCUAGAAUAUUUUUGCUCACAUUAUGUAUCAGUGUGUCGAUAUGCGGGUAUGUAUCAGUGAUUUGGUAAAAGAUAGUAGAUUGGAUUAGAAAGAGAAUUACGAUAAUACAGAAUAACUAUAAGAUAAUAAUUAUUAUUCUUCAUUCCAAUUCUGUUUAUCUAUUGAUAUUCUACAUUAUUUUAAUUUUGUAUCAUUGUACUAUUCGAUCUACUGUACUAAUUACAGUUAUCUAUAUAGCAUUCCACUAACAUUAACUCUUUAACAAUAACAUUACAAUUGUAUAAUAAAAAGUCGGUCAAUAGAAUGUUU